AUGGCACUAAAUCGCCACAUGGGCAGCGUCCAUGACAUUGUCGUACCUCUUAUCCAGCGGGACCUCAUAGGCCCGGCAAAGGGAAAGGGCAUAAUCGUCGACUUCGUUACCGAAGAUGACGACACAGCCGUCUAUGUCGCGGCCCUCGUCCCCUUGCCGACACCAGAGGAUCACGCGAUAAACAGACAUCUCAUUCACCUACACAUGACAACCGGCGAUGUCACGGUUCUCAGCGUAAAGCCGGUGUUGAUCGAGACGGACGAAAUGGAGCAAAUCUUGCUUGACAACAAACUGGGCACACUCAAGACCUACCAGCGCAUCAGCAACGAGUCCAGCGGCACCACUUACAAGGUCACUGUCGAGGAACCCGACAAGCCCCAGCUCAUCGUCCAGCUUCGAUUUCACGGCAGCGUUGUCUCGAUGAACGCGCUACAAGAUUACAUUCGUACCAAGGCGCCACCGGGGCUUCCCGUUCCCAGGACAUUUCCCACCAUUUCGACCAAUCGCAGCAACGGGCUGCAGCUCCAGAUCACCGAGUUCAUACCCAGUACGAUGGCAGAGGGCGUCUUCAAGAACCUAUCCAUUGAGGACAGAGUUCCCAUAGUCCGCCAAAUGGCCUGCGCCUUUGCCGCCCUGUGGGAGUUGCCAGUCUUGAAAGAAAACAAUGACAUCGGAGAGGCCAUUGCUUCGCCACCUGGCCAGCCAAACGGCUUAUUGAACAUCACGGUCGGGCCCGAGGAACGGGUUGGGAUCGGUGGUCCAUUCAAUUCCGUUUCUGGCUUUUUGAAGGCUUGGGUCCUACACCGUCUCGAGAAACUGGAAGAUCAGGACGGAAUCGACGAGUACCAGGCCAUGUUCCUCCCUUCCAUUCGGGCCUUUGUUCAUAACAAACUAGACUCGCGGCUUCCCGAAGGAUUGGAUAAGAUCCCGGUGGUUCUGAUGCACGCCGAUCUUGUCCUACACAACGUGUUGCUAUCCGAGAGCCCCCCGUUUGAGUUGGCCGCCGUCAUCGACUGGGAGUCCACCUUGUGCCUUCCAUUCCUCUGCGCCGUUCCGCCGCUGAUCGAGCGAAUGCUCCAGGAAGGUUUAGAGGGUGAGAAAGAGCCGGUUCUCAUAGCGAGUCAGCCGCUCAGGGAGGCGUUUUGGAACGAGAUACCGGCUUGGAAAGAACUCAUGACCUCCCCAGAGGGACAAGCAUUCCUGGAGUGGUAUGAGUUCGGGUUAUACAUGGUGGCGGAGGCGGUGUACAUGGAGUUGGACGCGUCACCAGAGGAGAGAAUGGCCUCCUGGGAGCGGAAUAUCUCGGUUGUCAAGAGGUUCUUGGGUAUAUGGGGACAGGAAGAACCCAGUCUUUGA